AUGGAAGAUCCUCCUAUUUAUAAGCUCAAAGAUUGGCCGACAACAGACGACAUUUGCCGAAAAAUGCCGCUUCAUUUCAAGGCCUUCAAGGAAUUUCUACCCUGUCACGAGAUCUGCCACCGCGAUGGAGCGCUCAAUUUGGCGAAGUACCUUCCAAAGUACUUUUGCAUCCCCGAUUUAGGACCGAAAAUGUACAUUGCUUAUGGCUGGCUCGAAGAAUUUAUCGACAAAAAUAAGCAUGAAGUCUUCUUGAAGAUGAAACAGGGAAGUACAGAUUGCCACAUCGACAUUUCCGGCGCAAUCAACGUGAUGACAAACGUCGUCGAACCAGUCAAUUCCUUCUCAAAACGGCAGCGACGAGAAGCCUUGCGCAAUUUGCUCGUGGAAGGGGGUCUCUCCGACGAAGAAAUCGACAAUUUCAUCGAGUCUGGACGAAAACCGGGCGCGCUCUGGCACAUUUGGCCCGUCCGCGAUACCGAGAAAAUAAGAAAACUGCUUCAUAAACGAGACGAGGAGCAGUACAAGAAGGGAUCUGGGAACGAUGCGAUUCAUGACCAGGAUACUUACAUCACCAGCGAAAUCAGGGAAAUGCUUGAAAAACAUGGAGUAAAAGGAAAGUAUAUUCUUCAAUGCGAGGGCGACGCGGUUUUCAUCCCUUCUGGAGCUAUUCAUCAGGUUCUGAAUAUCAACUCAUGCAUCAAAAUUGCCUGCGACUUCAUUUCCCCGCAAUGCGUCCGGCGCAGUCUUUUGACAACUGAGGAGCUCCGUCAUCUGUCCACAUCGCAUCAGAAUCGCGAAGACAAACUUCAGCUCAAGGCUCAUUUGUUCCACACCGCCAAAGAGAUACUUAGUUCACUGCUCUGGGAGCCGAUUUUCAAGCAAAAGCUGCAUCAAAAACCUGUCAUUUAG